GGGCGACGGCCACGCGAACGCGGAAGUGGCGGCGCCUCGGGAGGCGAAGCGGCGGUGGGAGGGAGGCGGCGAGGUGAGGCGAGAGGGUGACGCUCCCCCCCUCCCCGGCCUCCCCCAUGGUGGGGUUUGGGGCCAACCGGAGGGGUGGCCGUCUCCCUUCGUUCCUUUUUGUGGCCCUGCUGCUGGUUAUCACCAUCCUCGCCUUCAACUACUGGAGCACUUCCUCUCGCCAGGCCGUUCUGCAGGAUGAGGUGGCCGAGCUGCAGGGCCAGGCCAAGCGCAGCGAUGUUGCCCGCGGGCGCCUGGAGAAGAGGAACUCGGAGCUCCUGCUCCAGGUGGAGUCGCACAAGAAACAGCUGGAGCAGAAGGAGGUGGACCACAACCACCUGAGCAGCCAGCUGCAAGGCAAGGAUGGGCAGAUCAGGAAGUGUGAAGAGAGCAAGGUCAAGCUUCAGAAUAACAUAUCCUACCAAAUGGCAGACAUACAUCGCUUAAAGGAACAACUUGCGGAGUUACGGCAGGAAUUUAUCCGUCAAGAGGACCAGCUUCAUGAAUACAAGAACAACAAUACGCAGCUCGUUAAAAGGCUGGAGUAUGAAAGUUUUCAGUGUGGACAGCAGAUCAGAGAACUGAGGUUGCAGCAUGAAGAGAAUAUGAAAAAAUUGGAGGACCACAUUCUACAAGACCAGAAGGCUGUGCACAGGAGCCCGUCCAGCAAAUACGUGGAAGCCGAUCUGAGCAGUAACGCUGCAGUAUUGAAGACCACGCAAGAGCUGGAUGAAAGGAAUGUCAUGAAGAAUGAAGAGCCUUCCGUAAACAAUAUCUCAGAUGGCAAAGAAAAAAUAAAACCAGGAGAUGACGCAGGCAUGCCUGGGAUAGAAGAGAACGACCCUGCUAAGGCCGAAGACAACCUCACUGCUUUGAAGAAGCCGCUUGUGCCAACAUUUCAGAAGGAGCCACGGCAGGUCAUCGUGAAUCUUCCCACAGAACAACCUCAUGCCUCCAAUCUGGCUCAAGGUGCAAGUGUUAACCAUGACGGAAAUGCCGAUGCCAUGGUAAAGCAGAUUCCACCAAACCCUCUUCACAACCUCUUGCCUGAUCGUGAUGCGAAUAGCCCGAAAGCUGAUAAAGAAGUCGUAAGGCAAGCUUCAAAGGACAGAGUCAGUGACUUCCAGAGGAUGAAGCAAAGCCGGUUCUUUGAUGAGAAUGAGUCCCCUGUGGAUCCGCAGCACGGUUCUAAACUGGCGGAUUAUAAUGGGGAUGAUGGGAACGUGGGUGAGUAUGAGGCAGACAAGCAGGCUGAGCUGGCUUACAAUGAGGAAGAGGAUGGUGAUGGUGGUGAAGAAGACGUCCAAGAUGAUGAAGAGAGAGACUUUCAAAUGGAUAUUGCGGACUAUGGAAAGCAGCACUUCAAUGAUGUCCUUUAAAUCCCUAAAUGACUUUCGCCUGAGGAAUCCUGCAACAGAAAUGAAUGGAAUUAAUUCUUCCUAGUAUUUACUGUAAAAGACACUGAGAAUAGUAGCAUCAGGCUACCUAUAAAACACAGGACAUUAAGUGAUGGAACGCAGUGGUCGAAUUCUGUAUAUAUGUGUAUAGUUGUAUUUUUUUUUUUUUGCAAAUUGUAUUAUUAGAAAUGGUUUCUUCUACAGCAAGACAAUUAAUACUCCAGUACAAUGGAAAACCAAGUGCCCCUUAAGCUAAUUGAAGUCAGUGGGCUUAGGUAUGCCUAACUACAUAGGGUCAGGUGGAAAGACUGUAGCUUUACUUGUACCCCUUAAGUUAACAGCUGACAUUACAAAACAACUUAGGCUAACCAUGUUUAUGAAAAUAAGCAACUUUGUAAACUGGAAAACUUGUACAGUUUGUAUCUGACAUAUUAAUGACUUCAUUGCAGAAAUAAGUGUACAGAUGGGACACCUUUUGAUACAGCCGAUGUAUUCAUCCAUACAAGCCAAUCAUUUCAUUUCUCUUGCUGUUGUGGUUUGUAUUUUACAUUACAUUUGAAAGUUGACUGAAAAUGUGUUCUAUGUGUUUCUAAAGAUUCUUUCUUGAGUAUAUCAAGGAAGAUCUAUGUGACAGUGAAAUUUAGUGCAUUAAUCCUAUGUAAGAUAAUAUAGUUAACCAUAGGUGAGUGACUAAAAUUAUCCAUAGGGAAUUUGGCAAUAGUAUAGGUAUUUUUUAUAGAAUAUGUGCCAGGGUUUAAAUUGGUUAAGGUAUAGCCAGUAUUUCCAGCACGCAAGAGCCCUUCGCCUCUGCUUUUAAAGCAGUGGUUUUAGUCAUAAGCAAAAGACGAACCUGUCGCAGUGACUAAAAGUACAAUUUUAACUUGCUAUUAAACUGACUCCUGAUAUGUUUGACUGUCAGGCAGUGCUUUGUUGCACCUCCAAUGUUGUAGAAAGAAUCGCUCAUCACAUUGGG